CUUUUGGUCAUUUUUGCUAUAAACGAGACAACAAAACCGACAGCGCGUGCUGCGAUUAGAAUCAUUUGAAUUUAGUCAUUAUCAACGUGAAUUACACACUGUAAUAUUUAAACAUGUGGAUCAAAUUAAUUUGUUGUGUGUUAGUGAUUGCUGGCGGAAUUAAUUAUUGUUCUACUGCGGCAAUUCCAAGUUAUAUUCACAUUUGUCAUCAAUCCGAUCCACAACUGAAUGAUUGCAUUAAAAAUUCAAUUGAAGAAUUACGACCACAAUUAAGAAAAGGUAUCCCUGAAUUAGAUGUUCCGCCAUUAGAACCAUUAAAUGUAGAAGACAUUAUAAUUUCCCGUGGAGUUGGACAAUAUCACUUCAUGUUGAAUUUGACCAAUGUGCAAGUUUUCGGUGCGAGUUAUUUCGAACUCAACAAAUUAAAGCUGGAUAUUGACAACAUGAUUUACAAAAUGUCCGUGACUUUCCCAAAUCUUCGUCUCAAGGGCGAUUAUGCUGUGGAUACACGAAUUCUAUCAUUGCCAAUUACUAGUAAUGGACAGUUUGAUGCCAAUGCAACGAACUGUGAAGGUGUUGGUAUUCUGAAAGGAGAUUUAGUGCGUGAUGAGUUUGAGCAUUUGCACUUUAGUGACUUGACGAUUGAUUUGAAGAUCGGCGAUUAUAAACUACGUCUUGAUAAUAUUGUUAAAGGAGAUGAAACUUUAAAUGAAGCCAUUAAUGAACUUGCCAAUUCAAACAAAGAGGAAUUAAUCAAAAUUUCCACACCUUUUAUUGAGAAUAGAGCGGCAUAUACUCUUCUGAAAAUUGCAAAUCAAAUCGUAAAUAAUUUGGAAUAUGAUAAAGUUUUCCCAAAAUAGACUUACAACCUCGAAAAAUACUUUUAUCGUUGCAAAAUGUUGUUCUAACCAAAAAGAGCUGUUAAAUAUUAAAAAUUUAAGUUUAGAAUAGAAAUUUUAGAUAUUUUGUAAUAAAUUCAAUAAAAAUAUUAUUUAAGUAACGAAA